ACACAAGAGUGUGAGUUACCGAAGAGAAGAGCGGAAAAUGUGUAAGCUAUGGAAAGACGAGUGACACUGUCAAGACUAGUCAAGCCCUAAUUUUAGGGUGAAUUCAAAUUUCCGGCUUAUUUUAAGCUAAACCCGAUCACUUUAUAAACAAAACCAUAUUUUCUAGAAAACCCGUCCACAUCUUUCUACCUCUCUCUGCUCCAACGAAUUCAAUCCAGAUUUCCGCCUGACGGAAACGACAGUGGUCUAUACUGUCAGCCGUAUCACCGUCUUGCUUCUACUAACCGAAAUAUCUUUCGAACGAGUAUUCUCCGGAAAGCUUCAGAAAAAGUAGGGGAUGAAGAUUGAAGAAGUGCAGUCCACUACUAAGAAACAACGAAUUGCUACUCAUACUCACAUUAAAGGCCUUGGUCUUGAUGUAAAUGGCAAUGCGGUACCACUGGCUGCGGGUUUUGUGGGUCAAGCAAUGGCAAGAGAAGCAGCUGGGCUUGUUGUUGAUAUGAUACGCCAAAAGAAAAUGGCUGGCAAGGCUUUGCUUCUCGCUGGACCUCCUGGUACAGGGAAGACGGCAUUGGCUCUAGGUAUAUCACAGGAGCUCGGCAGUAAGGUCCCAUUCUGCCCUAUGGUUGGGUCAGAAGUAUACUCAUCAGAAGUGAAGAAAACUGAGGUUCUUAUGGAAAACUUUAGGCGAGCAAUUGGCUUACGUAUCAAAGAAAACAAGGAGGUUUAUGAAGGAGAGGUUACUGAGCUCUCCCCAGAAGAAACUGAGAGUGUGACUGGCGGCUAUGGUAAGACCAUUAGUCAUGUAAUCAUUGGAUUGAAAACUGUAAAAGGCACCAAGCAAUUGAAGCUAGAUCCAACCAUUUAUGAUGCUUUGAUAAAGGAGAAGGUGGUUGUUGGAGAUGUCAUUUAUAUUGAAGCAAACAGUGGGGCAGUGAAGAGAGUGGGGAGAAGUGAUGCCUUUGCCACAGAAUUUGACCUUGAGGCAGAGGAGUAUGUUCCACUUCCCAAAGGAGAAGUUCACAAAAAGAAGGAGAUUGUUCAGGAUGUUACCCUACAUGAUCUAGAUGCUGCAAAUGCUAGGCCGCAAGGUGGACAAGACAUCUUAUCUCUAAUGGGUCAAAUGAUGAAGCCUAGGAAAACAGAAAUCACGGAUAAGUUGCGACAAGAAAUAAAUAAGGUAGUUAAUCGAUAUAUUGAUGAAGGCAUUGCAGAGCUUGUUCCUGGGGUAUUAUUUGUUGAUGAGGUGCACAUGCUGGAUAUAGAGUGCUUUUCGUAUUUGAAUCGUGCACUGGAAAGUUCUCUAUCCCCAAUAGUGAUCUUUGCAACAAAUAGAGGAGUAUGUGAUGUGAGAGGAACAACGAUGAGGAGUCCUCAUGGAAUACCUGUAGAUCUGUUGGACCGAUUAUUGAUUAUAAGAUUAGAGAUUUAUGGCCCUGCUGAGAUGAUACAGAUUUUAGCAAUUCGUGCUCAAGUGGAGGAAUUGGUUAUAGAAGAAGAAGGUCUUGCUUACUUGGGUGAGAUUGGCCAGCAAGCAUCUUUAAGACAUGCAGUUCAGCUGUUAACACCUGCGAGUGUCCUUGCCCGAAUGCAUGGUCGAGAUAACAUCUGCAAGGCGGAUGUUGAGGAAGCCAAUUCGUUGUAUCUUGAUGCCAAGUCUUCAGCUAGGCUUCUGCAGGAGCAGCAAGACAGAUACAUUUCAUGAAGUUGGUCACAAUGCAUCAAAGCCAAGCUCAGCAAGUGUUUUAGUGUAGUUCUGCCUCAUAGAAGCCUUAGACAUUAUGCUUGUCGCCUAAAUGUCAUAUCAACGAUCUCAUGCAGUGGUGAUUAUUUACAUAGCUGUGUAUUCUAAGGUUUUGAUCAGUUGUAAGUGAAAAAUCCCAGACAUUCUUCUUUGUUAGUGUUAACAGAUCGAUUGUUUGGCAACUUGUGAAACAUGUUGCAGAAGAA